AUGGCGGAACGUGGCCUGCGGACGAUUGACACAUACCUCUUUGAUGAGCAUCACCAGCUACGCCGCGCUGCUGCAGAAUGCUAUAACAAUAUGGCUCAGUAUCCGCCGUUUGUUCUUGCCUGUGGUGGCCGACUCCCAUUAGAUGAGACAUUGACGGACCAAGGUGAUUUGGGAAAGAAACUGAUACUUCCGGGAGGCACGGAUCGUAUUAAGCUCUUGCUGCUCUACUGCCUGGCCACGAACCAAGAGGAUGCAGAUGGUCACCAGGAAGUUGAGCAGGAUGAUUUGUCGUUAGUUUUGGCUUGCUCUGGAGCGCUGGCAACAAUGUCUUAUGAUCCAGGCAUCAUAGAUGAAAUCGCCAAGGUUAGCCUAUUUUAA